AUUUUUUGUUUACAUUUAAUUUGUUUGCAAACCAUUUUUUGACAUAAACAUUAUAUUUUAAUCGUUACUAGCUUAAUUUAACAUCAAAAUGGUUUGCGAAAAGUGCGAGCUUAAAUUGAAACAUGUUGCCACAGCUGAUCCUUUUAAGAAGGGAAAUACGUUAAAAGAAAAGGCUGGAACUUCAUCAGGAAGAGCUAUUAAUGAAAAUAAAGCACUUUCUGCUAAAAGAUACGACCCAAUGACUGGAAUCAGAAAGUGCCGAAUUUGUCAAGCAAAAAUGCACCAAGAAGGAGCUCACUACUGCCAAACCUGUGCAUUCAAAAAAGGAAUUUGUUCAAUGUGCGGAAAAAAGAUUCUCAACACGAAGUCUUAUCGACAGUCUACAACCUAAUCUAUUUAUUUGAUAUAGAGCCAAUUUUAACUUCUAAGAUUUAUCAUAAGGAAUAAAAUAUUAAUUUUGUCUAAGCACC